GAACGGGGAUGUGAACAGGGGCUUGAGAGCAUCUUAAAUACACUGAAUCGCGCCAAAUGUUUGAAACUCCGCCAGUCAACUCGAAGCAGUCAGCUGACUUGGUCUGAAUGAAGCAGUGAAGUGGUUCACACGUCAUCUGUGACGUCACAUGAAGCAAGCUCCGGCCCACUGCUUCACCAUAACUACCCUGUCGAGUUUGAAGCGUGCUUUGAAGCCUCGGUGUUAGAGGUAACAUGACUAAUCUGAGCCUCUAACUGCUCAGUAACUGUUCCGCGAACACCUGAGCGGAGAGAGGCUAACAACAGACAUGUGGACACCGCAGGGCGAACACCAGCAGCAGGCAGCAGUGGGAGAGAUUUCCGGAGCAGCUAACAAAGAGGAGCGGUCUCGUUUGGAACAAAAUAAGCUGCAUCACAAAACCGUGGAGGCUGUUUUCAACCCCCGAGUUCUGCUGCACAGAUUAGGAGUUCAGCAGACUCUGUUGGUUGAAGAAGAUGGUCCAAAAUACCAGAGUCCUGGUGAUGACCCCCAGGACCCAAAGCCCCACCACAUAAAGGAGGAACAGGAGGAAGUCUGCACCAAUCUGCAAGUAGAGCAACUCGGUAAGAGGGAGACCAAUGCCAGGUUUCCCAUCAUUGAAACUCCCAUAAAGAACGAGGAUGAUGAAGAGUCCCCUCUGUUCUCACCGCUUCUUCAUCCCAUAAAGGAAGAUGGAUAUUUCCCAGAAGAAGGUGGACCAGCAGAAUUAUCCAGGAAUCAAGACUGUGGAGAUGCCACUAACUCCUCAGAGACUGAAGUCAGCGAGAAUGAUGAAGAGUCCCCUCUGUUCUCACCGCUUUGUCAACCCAAGAAGGAAGACAGAUGUUUCCCAGAAGAAGAAGGUGGACCAGCACAAUUCACCAGGAAUCAGGACCGUGGAGAUGCUACUAACUCCUCAGAGACUGAAGUUAGCGAGGAUGAAGAAGAUGAUGAUGCUGUUCACCAUAUCAAACAUUACUCAAGAGCAGGGUCUCCAAACUGUUCAGAUAAUAAAUGUUUUACCAUAAAUAAAAAUCUAAGAAAUAGAAGGAAAAUUAUAAGUACAAUCAAAAUAAUCCACACCGUAGAGAAACCUUUUUGCUGUGAUAUUUGUGGACACAGAUGCAGCCAAAAGAAAAAUCUAAACACACACCUUAGAAUCCACACAGGUGAGAAACCCUUUCGUUGUGAUAUUUGUGAAGCAAGAUUUAGUCAAAAAUCCAUGUUAAACAGACACAAAAGGGUCCACACAGGUGAGAAACCUUUCUGUUGUGUUACUUGUGGCCAAAAAUUCAGCCGAAAAGGAAAUUUAAACACACACUUAAGAAUCCACACAGGACAGAGACCAUUUUGUUGUGAUAUUUGUGGACAAAGAUUUAACCAUAAAGGAAAUUUAAACACACACUUAAGAAUCCACACAGGACAGAAACCUUUUCAUUGUGAUAUUUGUGGCCAAUGCUUCAGGCUAAAAGCAUUUUUAAACGCUCACAUAAGAAUCCACACAGGUGAGAAACCUUUCUCCUGUGAUAUUUGUGGACACAGGUGUAGCCAAAAGAGAAAUUUACAAAAACACAUUAGAACGCACACAGGUGAGAAACCCUUUUGGUGUGAUCUUUGUGGGAAAAGAUUUAAUCAAAAAUCAAUGUUAAACACACACCAGAGGAUCCACACAGGUGAGAAACCUUAUUGUUGUGAUGUUUGUGGACAAAGUUUUAUUAAAAAAUCAGCAUUGACUACCCAUAUGAGAAUCCACACAGGACUGAAACCGUUUUCUUGUGAUUUUUGUGGGAAAAGAUUUAGCCAUAAAGAAACAUUAAUCAGACAUAGGAGAAUCCACACAGAUGAGAAACCUUAUUGUUGUGAGGUUUGUGGACAAAGAUUUAAUCAGAAAUCAAUACUAAAUAGACACAUGACAACCCACACAGGACAGAAACCUUUCUUUUGUGAUUUUUGUGGAAAAAGAUUUGGCCAAAACAAAAGUUUAGUAACACACAUUAGAACCCACACAGGUGAGAAACGUUAUUGUUGUGAUUUUUGUGGAAAAAGAUUUUGUCUAAAACAAACAUUAAGCAAACACUUGAGCAUUCACACUGAAGAAAAAACCUUAGCUAUGAAUAAUAAGUAACUCUUGUGGCGACUCGAGAGAGGAGACUGAGAUUAACCUGUACAGGCUGUUGUGAAAUACUCCUGUUGACAAAUAAGUCACCUGUUUGGAAUGACCGAAUAAGCAUAAGGAAACAAAUUAUUACACCUGACCCCUUACCACAAAUUCAGUCAUAAGAGCCAGUUUUUCUUCUUUUAGAAAGCCUUAUGUUUUUAAAAUAUCUAAACGGGUACAUGAAAGCACAUGAGAUUCGACAGCAUACAUAUUAAACCAUGGUUAAACCAAAAUAAGAAAGCUGUUUAUGAAAAUAGGAGUCGAUUCUUUAUAUUAUUUAUGAUUAAAAAGUAGCCAAUGUGUGCUGCUUAUCACAGGCCCUUGAUUAAUUUAUCAGCACAUGGGACCACCUGUAUGACAGCAGGGGUUUGUGGCAACUUGAUUGUUGAUGGUUGCAAUGUAUCAAAGGAACAGUCAAAUUGCCAGGGUGAAGGAACUAUGUAUGUCCCCACAUUUUACAAAGCUGUAAAUCAACAGACUCUACAAUAAUUGUUUACUUAAAAUCUUUUAACAACAGCCUUAAAAACACUUUUUACAAAACGCAUUCAGUUGUAAGAACACCACACUGGACUGUAAAGUUUGUUUCAUAUUUAAUUGGCCAGAUGAAGCUAGUUCUAUCAUGGGUGACAAAAAGGACUGGAAGCAUGUCAAAGAGAAGAAGCAUGAUGCAGUGUUGAGAUUCCACUAUGUGAAUAACAAAUGUGUGUGUAACUUCAGAUGCUUGACUGCAUGGCCAGAGAAUGAAGGAAGAAACAACUCUGUACUGUUCUCCUGUUAACAUACUGUUCUGCUGUUUCCCCGGUAGAGAAGCAGCCCUGGUCCAUUUAGCUCCAGCCAGUGUACCUGGACUCCUACCUGCGUGUUUUGAUUGCUAGCCAGGGUAAUUCCAAGGGAGAGGAUUUGUGUCUCAGGACGGCCUAAUCUAGAGGCAGCCUGCUGCAUUAGAAGUACAAAAUACAUUUUCUUUACACAACAUUACACAACCCUAGGGAGCUUAAUACAGAGUGGUCUACUAUCCAAGUUGCUCAAGCUAGUAGUCUUUGCUUCUUUGAUAGUGCAACACUGAUAUCGUCCGCCAUUUUGUUUGUUAAGUCCAGCACAUCCAUCUUGUCUUUGAGCUAACAUAGUCUUGCUCACACACCCAUAUAUAGAUCACACUUGAUUGUGAUAUUGCUGCAUUGAGAAUUAUUUUGUUUUCGUAAUGGCCUUUCGCUUUGUAGUUUUAGUUGAAAGUUACAAGUUUAGUGAAAGUCAGAAUUAAUUGAUUCAAAUAUUUUAACUGAAUUCUGUGUUAAUAAAUUGUGUGAUUUACAGAUUUA